UCCACUUUCUCUCUCUCUCUCUCCACAAAUUAGUUUAGAGUUUUGUCCUUAGUAUAUAACUCUCAUUUGCUCUUUCCAUUCUCCCCUUGUUCAAGUAGGGUUUUCAAGCCUUGAUCUCUCUUGCUCAGUUAAGAUUCAAGAAGCCAGGAUUCAAGAAGCCCUUUUCCUCAGGAUCCGGCCCGGCUCGGCUCACCCGUGUAAAGGGGUUUUAGUCCCGAGGAGAACUUCUUCCUCCUCUUCGUCGGAGAUUUCACUUCGCCACGGCCCGAUUCAACUUCUCAUCAAGAUAUUAUGAAUACGUUUUCACACGUCCCUCCGGGCUUCCGAUUCCAUCCGACUGACGAGGAACUUGUCGAUUAUUAUCUCCGGAGGAAGAUUAGUAACCGAAGUAUCGACUUGGACGUCAUCAAAGAUGUUGAUCUUUACAAAAUUGAGCCAUGGGAUCUCCAAGAGCUGUGCAGAAUAGGAACAGAAGAUCAAAACGAAUGGUACUUUUUCAGCCACAAAGACAAGAAGUAUCCAACGGGAACGCGCACGAAUCGGGCCACGACAGCUGGGUUUUGGAAAGCAACCGGCCGGGAUAAGGCCAUCUACUCUAAGCACGACUUGAUCGGAAUGAGAAAAACCCUAGUUUUCUACAAAGGGCGAGCUCCAAAUGGUCAGAAAUCAGACUGGAUCAUGCAUGAAUAUCGCCUCGAAACCGACGAAAAUGGAACCCCUCAGGAAGAAGGAUGGGUGGUGUGUAGGGUUUUCAAGAAGAGGAUUGCGACGACACAGAAAAUGAGCGAGCACGACUCGCCCGUGUGGUACGACGACCACGUGUCGUUCAUGGAAUCUUCGAAUCUGUCCUACUACAAGAAAGAGAUGUCGUUGCCGUUGCGAUACGGCCAGGACCACUUCCUCCAGCUGCCCCUUCUAGAAAGCCCUAAUAAAGUUGUUCAGAAUCCGGAUCUCGAUCACAACUUUCACGUCACGGAUUGGAGAGUUCUCGACAAGUUCGUGGCAUCGCAGCUCAGCCACGAGGAGCUUUCCAAGGAGAACGAGGGUGGGGAAUUCAAUGUGACGACGUCGUCUUGUCAGAUUGAUCUGUGGAAGUGAUGUGCAUGCGAUUAUAUAUUUACUGUUUCUUGUAAUGUAAAUAAUUAAACUCAUAAUGUGACCUAUAGCUGUUCAUCUUGCAAUACUACUUAGUAAUUACUACCUAUAUAUACAAACUAAAUUAAAAACACAAA